AUGAUCAAGUGCGAUGCUGAAGAUCUACAAGGCUUCGUGCAGAACUUGAACCCAGAUCACAGACGCGAGUUGGAAGGACUUAUCCCAAAGAACCUGCAGGGUCUAUUUCACGAGAAGCUGAAGGUCCGGUCGACGGAAGAGAUCCGGCGUCUUACUUCUCACGAAGGCAAGGGGGAGGAUGAAGAUGCGAGUUCAGAUGAAGAACAGGCAAGCGUAAAGGACAAGGACCGAAAUCUGGACACGUCGAGUUCUGCAGAAGAUGAAGAAGACGCAGGUCGAAGUGAGAGUUGGCAUGAGAGUGGAAGUGAGAGUGAUAGUGAGAAUGGGGGUGAGAACGAGAACGGGAACGAGAACGAGAGGGAAAGUGAGAGUGAUAGUGGAAGUGAGAGUGAUAGUGGAAGUGAGAGUGAUAGUGGAAGUGAGAGUGAUAGUGGAAGUGAGAGUGAUAGUGGAAGUGAGAGUGAUAGUGGAAGUGAGAGUGAUAGUGAGAGUGGGGGUGAGAGUGAUGGUGGGAGAGCAGGACUGGAGCCAGGGGCUGGCAUCGAUCAUACAGAAGUUUCUGGAUCGAAAACAACAUGA